AUGACUGGCGCGUCGCCGGUGAUGCCGGCGCCAGAUGACGCAGCGACGUCCCCCACUGCCGCCGCGCGCUUCACCGCCGAGGACCCGACCGCCAGCACAACGACGAUUCCAGCCGCCGAGGCAUCCGCCGCCGCGACCCACGCCCACGUGCACGUCAACACGAAGGUGUUCAUGGUCAACCUCGACCAGGAUGUGCAGACAACGGUACUUGGCCGUUUCCGAAACCUGCAGGGCACCAUACACUCACAGCUGCGCAACCUGCAGAACAACGUUGUCGACCUGCGCCCCUCCACCGGCAUCCCCCCCGAGGCGCUGCACAGCCCAUGGGUCUAUCACUACAACCACUCCACCCUCGGCAUCCACAGCCUCCGUAAGCUGUUCGACGUCAUCGAGCAGCGCUACUCGCACGUGUCUAUCCUGCUGCUCUUGUGCAACGUCGGCCUCGAGGCCGCCGCCUUCGGCAUCUACCUUCACGUGCAGAACGCCCACGUCACGGCGGACUGGCGCGAGUUUGACUGGGGCCUCGGCUACUUCAUCGCCGAGGUGCUGCUCAGCGUCGUCUUUAUGGCCAGCUGGACCUCGCUGCUGGCGGUGGAGGCUAAGAAGUGGAACUACGUACUCAACGCGCGCUCGCUCAUGAACUACCUCAGCAGCGGCUGGAUGCUGCUGCUCGCGCUCGGCGCGCUCCUCACGCUGGACCGGGCCUGGACGCACGUCUACGCACCCAUGUUCCUGCGCGUGUGGUGGCUGCACGAAAGCCUACUGUCGCUGCUGAACUACCCGCAGAUCAGCGUCUAUUUCACCGAGAACCGACUCGAGAUGGUGCGCUCCAUGACCCAGUGCAUCGCCGUCGUUGGCAUCAGCGUCGGCGUCCUCCAGGCCGUCGAGAGCUUCUGCGGCGACCCUGUCGAGUACUUCGACAUGGUCUACAUGAUGCUGCUGUCCUUCUCGUCCAUCGGCUACGGCGACGUGACGCCGCUCACGGUGCAAGGCCGCCUUCUCAUGAUCAUCUUCAUUGGUGUCGGCUUCAGCUACUUCGUGCCCAUCCUGCAAUACGUGGCCGACCUCGGCGUGUACCACCUCUCCUAUGCGUACUACACCACGUGUUUCAAGCGCACAGACCACGUCGUGAUAUGCGGCCACCUCGGCUACAACGAGCUGCGCAUGCAGCUGAAGAACAUAUUUGCCGAGGACCGGCAUUACCUGAACAUGAGCGUGGUCCUGCUGCUCCGCGAGCAGCCGUCCGCGCAGGUGCUGCUGUUGCUCAACUCCCCCAAGUACCGCAGCGCUGUGCACCUCCUCGUCGGCGAUCCGGGGGUCCCGACGGACCUCGAUCGCUGCAACGCGCGCGGUGCCGCUGCCAUGUUCCUCUUGGGUGCGGGUACCAACUCCAGCUACUACAGCGACUACGACCUGGCCGCGCAGACCAUGACUGUCAACGCGCUCGUCCCCGAUCUUCCGCUGUACAUCCUGCUGCACCGCUCACGCUACACAAAGUCUUUGAUGCCAAGUCGCGCCAUCGUGCUGGAGUUCGAGCGACUGAACCACAACCUGCUGGGGCUGGGCUGCGUGCUGCCGGGCAUGAUACCCCUUGUCGCGAAUCUCAUGCGCAUGUUCGACCCCAUGACGACGGAGGCGCUCUGGGAGCUCCGCGACUUCAAGGACCUCCUCGGGCUCAGUGGCAGCGCGGCGAGCUUGCGCGCGAUGCGGAAGAUGUGGGCGCCCAAACGCCCCAUGCUCACCUACGGCGCCGCGACCAUCGAACUGGGCCUCGGUGCGGAGCCGGACUGGAUGAGCACGUACGAGGCGUCACUCGCGCAGCACGUGGACACGGUAGCGGCGCCGCCGCCGGUGCAGCGGGGCCACUACACCGUCGUCCGCCUGGCACGCUUGCUGUACCGCACGAAUAUAACGCUCAUCGGUGUCGUGCGCAGCAGCGGAAACGGCGACAGUGUCGUCGAGCUGGCACCACGCGGCUCGCUGGUCGGCGUGAAGAAGCUCAUCGUCAUCUGCGACGUGCGCCGCGCCGCGCAGGACAUCGUGGACGAGAUCGUCAACGACGCCACACGCGGCAGCACCAGCAGCGCCGCGGCCGGCGCACCCGCCAUCCGCUCACCACCGCCGGCCGGCGUGCAGGCCACCGCUGUCACGGUCGUGCCCAUCCCCGCCAAAGAAGACGCCGGCGCUGUCUGGAACUCCAGCACCACGACCACCACUAUCGCGCCAACCGCGCGCGCCAGCCAGAUGCCGCUGAAGCCAGCGGCGGCACCAGCACCAGCCACAGCAGCAACUGUUAUCGGUGCCAGCGCGGUGGAACUGCCGCGGCGGCUGCACCGCGUGGCAUGCGAGCGCGCUGCGGAGGCGCGGAUGCCGCACAACGACUCGAGCCUCGUGCUCAGCGCCGCCAUCGCCGCAGAAGACGAUGACAACGACGACGACGAAGACGCGCUGAUUGGGGCGCUGGCGUCGCCAGUGCUGCUGGACGCGGUGGGUCGCGGCCGCCCGGCUUGCGUGGACGCCAGGGUAGGCGUACCGGCCACGGUAAGCCCGUCCUCACUGGUGUUCGCCGCCGCCGCCGCGCACAGCGUGCUGCGCGUGGAGCCGGACGUGCGCCACCUCGCCAACCACUACGUCUUCAUCGAUCUCUCCAGCGCACACGAACGCACCAACUGGUCGCGCGAGGCUGCCGUCGAGUCGCGCACCGCCAAGGCGGCCGACUACUACGACAUCAUGCGCCCGGUGCGCCAGCACGAUCCCGACAGCAACAUCGUGCUGCUCGCGAACGACACCAACUACGACAGCCUCAACAACAUGUGGGAAGAGGAGGACGUCACCGGCUCCCUCAUCGUCGUGCAGGGAUGCGGCCUCUUCACAUCCGACCUGCGCCGCUGCAACGUCACCAAGGCGGCCGCCAUCGUCAUCUUCUCCGCCGGCGAUCGCUGCGACGAACACGGCGACUCGCUCUCCGUGCUCGUCAUGCAGCUGGUGCGCCAGCUCAUCGGCGAGGACAGGCACGGCAGCGCCGCCGACAUCCCCAUCGUCGUCGAGGUCGAUCACGCCGAACUGGUGCCACUUUUCGCGCCCGCCAUGACCCUCGGCAAGGACGUCAAGGCGGCGGAGUGGGUAUUGGAGCCAAGCUUCAUGUCUGGCUGCGUCGUGUGCCGCCACAUGCUCGACACAGGCCUGCAGGAAAUGUACUUCACUCCCGAGCUGCACGACGUGCUAGAGCAGCUGCUGUCGUCCAAGUCGGAGUCGCUGCUCGUCACCGUCAUGGCGCCGGACGCGGCGUGGACCGUCUACGAAGACGCCACGUCGUUCGGCAUCGACAGCGGCCUGCUGCCGCUCGCUAUCCACCGCUUCCACGAGAUGAUCAGAGACGACACCAGCGUUUCCUUUCGCUACAUCAUCACCAACCCGCCGCCUUCCUUCCCGCUGCACCCCGACGACUUCAUCUACUGCCUCAAGCUGUGUGACCCGUAG